GGGUGGAGGGUUUGUGACGGCAACGGGGAAGAAGAGGAAGAGGAGAGGAAGGUGGUGGGGAGCAAGUCUUUCUCGGAGUGCAAUUCCAUCGGAUUGGUCUGCGCUCUGUCUUGUUGUGCACGACCGGCGAAGAAACAACUUUUUAUUUUUGGCUAUCCAUGGGACAAUUGCACAAGUCACAAGAAAGAGGGGUUGGGGGGAGUGAUGUCUCUACUCGCUUAUCGGAUUUUGCUGGGGUCGUAGCAGAGACGUUUUCUUUACUGCGGGCAUAGGUGCAAACACACACAAUUGGGCUCUAUAAUCUCUCACCGCCCCCCUAUGGUGGCUGGCUGGCCUGGACUCUAAGGGAUACUCGACCCAUUGGCAUAAUCGUUGAGUAGCAUCACACUCCUCCUGCUUGCUGGCUGGGAGUUCAUUUCCAGCUUUACAAAGCAACUUUACAUUGUCACGAACGUUGGAGUUGUAUUUUAAAGAUCUUCUGUUUGAGGCUGCAAAGAUGGCUACUUGCAAGGGAGCCUGCUUAUUGUUAAUCGCAGUUUGCCUUGUCUUUCAAAGUUUUCAAGAAUUCGCUGAGUGCCGAGAAGGACCUAUGAUUAUCGAGGAGCUUCCAACUGUUCAAAGGUCAAGCUUCCCUUCAGGAUUUGUGUUUGGGUCCUCGACAGCUGCCUAUCAGAUUGAAGGUGCUGCAAGGGAGGCCGGAAAAGGUGCGAGUAUAUGGGACAUCUUCUCACAUCAGCCAGGCAAAAUAUUAGGAAACAAGACCGGAGAUAUUGCCGUGGAUCAUUAUCAUCGAUAUGCAGAAGAUAUUUGGUUACUGAAGGAUUUGAACAUGGAUGCUUAUCGAUUCUCAAUCUCAUGGACACGCAUUUUUCCAAACGGUGUAGGCGUAGUGAAUUGGGAGGGAGUGAAGUAUUAUGAUAACCUCAUUGACCACGUCUUGGAGCUCGGCAUUGAUCCCUAUGUCACUUUGUAUCAUUGGGACAUGCCUCAAGCUCUUGAUAACUCAAUUGGAGGGUGGUUAAGCCCUGAUAUUAUAGACUCAUUUUCAAAGUACGCUAGAUUUUGUUUUGAAAGGUGGGGUUCCAAAGUGAAGCAUUGGAUUACCUUCAACGAAAUUCAUACUUUUGCAAUUUCUGGUUAUAUGACGGGAGUGAUGGCUCCAGGGCGAUGUUCUGCACCAGUUUGUGUGGCCGGGAAUUCUGAUACAGAACCAUACAUCGUUGCUCAUCAUGCUUUGUUAUCACAUGCUCAUGCUGUUGAUAUUUAUCGAAAAGAAUUCAAGGAUACACAGCAGGGUAUGAUUGGAAUAACUACAGACUCUAUGUGGUUUGAGCCUCUUGAUUCGAAUUCAAGUUCUGACAAACAAGCUGCACAAGAAGCCGUUGAAGCAUAUAUAGGAUGGUAUCUUGAUCCAAUAUUCUAUGGCCACUAUCCUGCGUCUAUGCGGAGAAAUUUGGGUUCCAAUCUACCUACCUUUACUGCAGAAGAAGCAGCGCUUGUCAAAGGUUCACAAGACUUUGUUGGUAUAAAUCAUUAUACUUCAAUGUAUGCAACUUUCGGCAUCAGUGGUGAAAUCGUGAAAACAUAUUACAAAGAUGGUGUGCCUAUUGGUGAUCCAACACCUUCGGACUGGUUAUUUGUGGUUCCAUUUGGAAUCAGAAAGCUGUUAAAUUGGGUUAGUGAACGGUACCACAAUCCAAUUCUAUAUGUCACUGAGAACGGUAGAGCUGAAUUCAACAAAGAGGAUUCUAUGCCUAUUGAAGACCAGUUAAAAGAUCCUGAACGAAUUCGAUAUUAUCACGACUACAUGCAAAAUGUGCUUUUGGCAGUCAGGGAUGGUUGUGAUGUACGCGGUUACUUUGCAUGGUCUCUACUGGACAACUUCGAGUGGUCAGAAGGGUAUACCGUCCGAUUUGGAAUCUACUAUGUAGACUACAAAAAUGGCUUGGCCAGGCUUCCUAAGAGCUCCGUGUUCUGGUUCCGCCAAGUUCUAAGGAAGACAUUUAAUUUAUAAUGAACUAGAUAGCAAUUCUUUUAAUCUCUGGGAUCGAACAGUUCAAAAUUUGGGUUGGAACAAGUUUCGUAAUCUACAGCAUGAAUUAAAAGCUCACAGAAAGAUUUUUACACAUUUAUGAAAAAACUGAAAAAUCAAUUUUCAGUUUGUCACCAGAGUGCUUUACAGAAGACAGACGUAUUUGCUUGCUUAUCAUGACAUAACUCUUUCUUCAUGAGGUAGUGCUUGCUGCUCUUUUUUACAGACAGAGGGAAAAACGCUUUGUCUAGGAUUUGUAGAAUAUCUGUACCAAAGCCACAAGUCACUUAUUGACUUGUUUAUGUAGUUUACUGAAAUUAUAAAACAGUUGUUUACUUGUUUGGAA